AUGCUAGAAGAGCCAGAACAGACCAACUGCGUGGUGUGUUGCUGUACUCUCACCAACAAAAUCUUGAUGCUUGUUUUCAUGAUCUUGCUGAUAGUCGCUAUCUUGUUCGGAAACUCUGUGACUCUCGCCGUUACCGUAGGCACAAAACACUUCCGUACUACUCCACAGGGCUAUCUAAAAGCAUCGUUGGCAGUGGCUGACCUGGCAGUGGGAAUCUUUGUUGUGCCCUUCUCCGUUUACGCUGAAGUGUCCAUUAUGAUUCCCAAUUACACGCCAGAACGGACAAUGAAUAAUUCGCUGACCACUACAUUUCACCCUUGCAAUUUUAUAGGUCCUAUGUUUGCUGGCUGCACCCUGGUCUCAAUCACAACUAUAUUCCUCCUCACGAUUGAGCGCAGCAUCGCAGUUUUGAAACCGCUGCACAAAGAAUCUGUGAUCACGAGGAAAAGAACAAGCAUCCUGAUCGUUCUUUCCUGGGUGGGAAGUUUCUUUUUGGCAGUGUUUCCUACCCUCUACAGUAAUGCAAUUUUCCUGGAGUAUAAUUCAUGCAGCAGAAUGUGUAACUAUGCGGUAAAGUCCGACGGGUACUCGACUCAAGCAUGGAAUAUUCUUUUACUGUUCCCUGCUUUCGAUUUUACUAUCCUCGGAGCCACUGUGGUCAUUAACAUUCUGUCGCUCUCCUCCAUCCGCCAACAUUCAAAAAGAAGGAAGCAUUUAGCCGAAGCGGACUGUAAGACUGUCACUGCUCCCACGUUUUCCGACAUUAAAGCUGCUAAAACUAUAGGAACUCUGACGCUGGCGUUUACUGCUUCGUUCACUCCUAUUGCGGUCUUUGUUGUCGGAAACGUCGUGGGGAACGAAUGGUGCAAUUUUUCUUUUUUUGCUUUCUGGAUAUUGACCACAAACAGUUGCUGGAAUGUAAUUAUAUACAGUGUACGAGAUCAGAAGUUUAGGCAUCGCGCUCACCAGUUGCUAGUACCUUCAUGA